AAACUUUCCUGCGACUUGACAGAUGAGCUCGUGCGGAUGGAUGGAUUAUGGAUUUUUUAUUUUGUUUGUUGCAGGUGUAAUAAAAAAAAGUGAUAACAACAACAGCACCACGUGCAUCAGCUGAUUAAGGACCUUGCUGAUAAUGCGCGUGCAUCUCACUGUUUUUUGAUCGUGAACUCGCGCGCUCUUGGUUGGAAACUAUUUUUUUUGUGUGUGUGUGUGUGUGUGUGUGUAUGUGUUUUAGCGCGCGCGCGGGUGCGUGCGCGCGUGUGUAGCAUGGCCGCGGCUCGCGCUGCAGCGUCAUGGUCCCGGAGCGCGCGCCCGGCCGGGUGGCGGUGAGGAAGCAGCUCGCGCUCAUGCUGCUCUCGGCGCUCGCGACCCUGUGCGUGCUGCAGAGCCUCGCGGUGACCUCCGCGCGCGCGCCCGCUCCCGCCGAGGCACCGGCGGCACCUGCGGCAGCGGCGGCGGCAGCGUUGGCGGGUGGAGGCGCGCGGUGGAGCGCGCGCAGGACGCUGCUGAGGCCGGAGGAUGACGGGACGAAACGACUGCCCCAGGCUCUCAUCAUCGGCGUGAAGAAGGGAGGCACGCGCGCGCUGCUCGAGUUCCUGCGCGUGCAUCCCGACGUGCGCGCGGUGGGAGCGGAGCCGCACUUUUUCGACCGGAACUACCAGAACGGUCUGCAGUGGUACAGAGACCUGAUGCCCAAAACACUAGAAGGUCAGAUCACCAUGGAGAAAACUCCUAGUUACUUUGUGACCCGCGAGGCUCCAGCCCGGAUCUACGCCAUGUCCCGGGAAACCAAGCUCAUCGUGGUGGUGAGGGACCCGGUCACUCGGGCCAUCUCUGACUACACCCAGACUCUCUCCAAGAGGCCGGACAUUCCCUCUUUCGAGAGCCUGACCUUCAAAAACAGGACUACGGGUCUGAUCGACACCUCAUGGAGCGCCAUCCAGAUCGGCAUCUACGCCAAGCACCUGGACAACUGGCUCCAGUACUUCCCCAUGAGCCAGAUCCUGUUCGUCAGCGGAGAGCGGCUGAUCAGCGACCCGGCCGGAGAGCUGGGCCGGGUGCAGGACUUCCUGGGGCUCAAGAGGAUCAUCACGGACAAACACUUCUACUUCAACCAGACCAAGGGCUUCCCCUGCCUCAAGAAGGCUGAGGGCAGCAGUAAGCCCCACUGCCUGGGCAAAACCAAAGGGCGGACCCACCCCAACAUAGACCCUGAGGUUGUGCAGAGACUCAGAGACUUCUACAGACCCUUCAACAUGAAGUUCUACCAGAUGACUGGGAGAGUGUUUGGCUGGGACGAUUGAUGAUUGACCGAGGAAUCAGCUUAAGGAAAAAACGACAAAAACGUACACUGUGAGAUAUGCUUGAGGACAAUGAAAAUGUCUCCGUAAAAUGAAUGCACUUAUACAUGCAUUUUUAGUGUUUUAAGUGCGUCACUUAUCUCACCAGCAACAGAGACAUGUUCUGUGCUUCAUCCUGACGAAGACAUGCCACUUCACUAUCCACUUCAGUGUAUGCUAACAACAAUUCCUGGAGUUCUGGACAUUUUCAACCAACGCCUAGAGUCCUGGAGGGGCCAAAAACUGCAGAUUUUCCGUUUUCCUGGCCAUUUAUCAGCUAUUUUACCUAUGAAUACCCCAGUAAUUAGACUUGCGUUUAGGGAAUUUGGCAGAUGAGCCUUAUUUUAAAGUGGAAUCUUAUCCCAUGUCUUCUUGCAAAUUAGUAUUUUUUAUGUUUCCCUUCACAAGGCUUUAUAUGAUAUUUGAUUAAAUUGGAUAAACCAGUCCAGAA